CAGUCACAGGGCUCUUUGUAGUAAGCCGUUGUUGCUAGGUGUGGCUUCCUGUUGGUCUAUAAAAGUAGGAACCACAACUUAGUUUUCCACAGACUCAUUUCCCAGUUUAGAAAAUACUGUUUCUGAGUUUUGGAAAGGAAAAAGAAAGUUGGAUCAAGAUGGCCUUUGUAUCAGAAUUCCUGAAGCAAGCCAGGUUUAUGGAUGAUGAGGAGCAACGAUGUAUUAAAAAUUCUAAAGGUGGUUCAGCAGUUCAUGCUUAUCCUAGUUUUGAUCCUUCAGCUGAUGCAGCUGCACUAAACAGAGCCAUAACUGCUAAAGGAGUUGAUGAAGCAACCAUCAUCAACAUUUUGACCACAAGAACCAAUCCCCAGCGUCAACAGAUCAAAAAUGCCUAUCAGCAGACGCAUGGCAAGCCUCUGGAAGAAGCUUUGAAAAAAGCUUUCAAAAGCCAUCUAGAUGUUGUCCUGGAUAUGCUGAAAACUCCUGCCCAAUUUGAUGCUGAAGAACUUAGAUAUGCUAUGAAGGGACUUGGAACCGAUGAAGAUAUCUUAAUCGAGAUACUGGCAUCAAGGAACAACAGAGAAAUCAGGGAAAUCGCCAGAGCGUAUCAAGGUUUUAAGAGAGAUCUCUCCAAAGACAUUGCCUCAGACACUUCUGGAGAUUUUCAGAAGGCUUUGCUUGCCUUAGCAAAGGGUGACCGGAAUGAAAAUCCACACGUGAAUGAAGAGUUGGUAGACAGUGAUGCAAGGAAAUUAUACGAAGCUGGAGAGAAAAGAAAAGGAACUGACAUUAACACUUUCAUUGACAUUCUCACUACAAGAAGUUCACCACAUCUUCAAAGAGUUUUUAGCAUAUACGAGAAAUACAGCAAACAUGACAUGGAGAAAGUUCUGGACCUCGAACUGAAAGGAGACAUUGAGAAUUGCUUGACGGCACUUGUGAAGUGUGCUGUCAGCAAGCCAGCUUUCUUUGCUGAGAAGCUCUACCUAGCAAUGAAGGGUUCUGGAACACACAACAGAACUCUGAAUAGGAUUAUGGUGUCGCGCUCUGAAAUUGACAUGAAUGAGAUCAAAGGUUUUUACAAGACGAAGUAUGGGGUGUCUCUCUGCCAGGCCAUUUUGGAUGAAACAAAGGGAGAUUAUGAAAAGAUUCUGGUGGCUUUGUGUGGCGGUGAUGACUAAGUUCUACAUCCUGUAUGUUCCAGUUACUUCCUUGAGAAUAUGAUUCAUCCUUAACUAGAGGAAUCUUUAAACCGAGCUUUCUUUGAACAAGAAUAAGAAGAAACCCUUAUAUACAGUAUAUCCAAAGGCAAAGCGCAUAGAAAGAACCAUUAUGUCUGCUUUUAUAGGAUUAAGAUACGUAAAACAUAGUGUUUGUCUACACCGGCCUAGUGAACAUUCCAAAUAAAAUCAAAUCUGUUAUCCACA